AUGGCUGAGCCCCAAAGGAUACUGCUUGAUAAGGCUAAGCUGAACCAGGGACUUGCCGCACUUGAUGCCGCAAUGGGGCGAGAGCCAAUGAUCUAUGCAUUCUCGCCGAUCACCAUGAUAUCCCCAGGUGGCUAUCCCGCGGUUACAUAUUUUCAGAAUCGGAGUUCCACAGAAGAUGUUGACGUCAUCAUUGAUCCGGGGCAUGCUGUUGAUAAAGACGUUGCAACUGCCAUUCGCAAUACCAUGAAGCAAGUAGGCGAGGAUCUACUCUUUGGAAGAAAAUGGAUCAACGAGGAUGUCUCCAUGUUCCUUACACCACAGGCUCGUCAGUCUCUUUUCCAAGAUGCAACGAAGCAGAACAUCGUCCUCUGGGAUGGACCACAUUUAAGGGUGUUGGCAGCACCGCUGGAAUGGGGCCUAGAAACCAAACUCCGACGCCUUUCUACAACGCCAAAUCAUCCAAAGGUGGUCAGCGAUAUGAAUGACAUCGUUGUGAUUCUAAAAUUCCUGAUAGAUCGAAACGGGGCCCCCUUAAAGCAAAAUACCAUUCAGUCAUUGAACAGAAACGGUUUUGAUGUUGCUAUCAAGGAUGAUGUAAUAAAAAAGGUCGCAGCAGAAUACCAAGCACAAUAUGGAACGCAGCCUUUCUGCUAA